UUUCAAGAAUUUUUCUACGUUUCAUCAGAUUGACAAUAUUACUGAUUUUUCAUUUUUAUAUAACUUUUUCAUCAUUGUCAAUAUUUUCAUUUUAUUAGUAAAAUUAGUUCAUAAUGGAUCAUACUACAACAUCCGGAGGCGAUGAAAAAGCACCUUCAUCACCAUCUGAUGCAAUCAUAUCGGAUCUAAUUACAGUAACAAUCAAGACAAUUGAUUCACAAAAUUUUCGAUUUCAAGUUGAAAAUGAUAUGCAAAUCCGAGCAUUUAAAGAAAAAAUUGCACCCACUUUGAACAUUGAACCAGAAAGUCAAAGAAUGAUUUUUUGUGGCCGUGUUCUAGCUGAUGAUAAAACUUUAAAAGAUUACAAGGUCGACAACGGUAAAGUGAUUCAUCUGGUCAAACGUGCGCCACCACCCAAAAACGAUACAGCCAAUAGUGGUUCGAAUAAUCAGAAUAAUAACCAACAACAAAAUGAAAGAAAUCGAUCUAGAUUUCAAAGUUUUCGUGCCGAUGAUGGCACAUCGGUUUUGAUGAGCUCCUUUCCUAUGGAACCAUCAGGCAAUAUUAUCAGUCAAGUUAUGCGACAACUGUUCAACCAUCGAACAGGUUCUGGCAGUUCCAAUGAAUCGAACGCCUCUGAUCCAACGGUUGUAUCAACAUCGCAAAGUGGAGCAAAUAGAACUGGAGGAAAUGUCACUUCCUCUUCUGCUAAUAUUCGAGCAAGAUUCAAUCACAUUCGUCAACUGCUUAGCUAUGUUGAUACCAAUUUUCAGGUACUACAAAACCCAUUAAAUUUACCAACAGGAUCCCAGACCAUUACAUUUAGCGAUAAUCAAUCCAUUACAUUGUCGGAUUACGUGCGCUGCUUUUCCGAUGUUAUUUCAUACAUGGAUCGUUUGAAACCACACUUGGAAUCAUGGAUUCGAACAUUAACUCCGGAAGAACAGCAGCGAUCAGCACAGGACAUUUCAAGUAAUAAUGACAGACAAUUUAAUGAUUUUUCUAUUAUUAUGCGAAUCGUGCAUCAUUUAUCACAUGUAUUUCAUUCGUUGACUGAUUUAUCUGUCGACCCGAAUAAUACUAAUUCACCAAUUAGCGUCAAUGUUCUGGGACCAUCCCAUCAACAACGACAAGCUUCUAAUGUCGGCACACAAUCAACUACAACCGCUUCAAACACCACUGACGAUCAUAGUGCAUCUACUACGGCCACCAGUAAUACAAACCAAAAUCAAAACAACCCGACUUCAGAAACUAACCCAGAAAACACUUCGCAAGCACAACCAAAUUCAAAUUCUCCCAGUCCUUCCAAUGAAUUUGUUUCACCUCCUGUGCCAAGUGGUGAUGAUCGCUUGCCAUCGACUACAGCUUCAAGCAACGAUAAUUCAAUGUUCAGAUCAUUAGGAUCUAUUCCUGGAAGUGUCUUUGUAGCACAAUCUCCCAUAUUGUUGAUGGAACUUGAUGCAACCAUUAAUGGGCAUGAUACAAAUCUUGGGACGCGCGCGAUACGAAAUUUUUCGAUUUCAGAUUUAAAUGUUACCAUCAGCGAUCUAAUCAAUAAUGCAAGUAAUGUAACAUUCAAUUCAAUGAGCCAAAAUCCGCAUACCAAUCCGAUCGAACCGCAAUCACAGCGAGAUAGCUCUAAUGGCAACAAUACAGCGACACAAUUCUCGAACCCUCCAUUGGAUGCAGAUGAAACGUCGCCAAAUAUGUCUAAUCAAAAUUCUGCUACAGCUACAGUUACCACAAAUAAUAACGACAGAUCCAAUUCCAUCUUAAAUCCUUUACGAAUGUUUUCAGCUCAUUUUGAUCCAUUCUUGAAUUGUAAUUCCAUUUAUACUAUGCCCGAGAUUCUUCCAACCACAGAUUAUAAUCCGAUGUCUUUUUCACGACCAUUGAUGCAAAUGUUUGGUUCAAAUGCUACUAUAGGUGACAUCACUAGUAAUUUACAGUCGUCGGUUCUAAAUAGUGGAGGCAACGAAUCAACAAUUUUAGAUCUGAUGCGACAAAAUUUAGUUAAUCUUAUUCAAUUGAAUGAUUCUCCAAGCUCAAAUGAAAAUCGGGAAUUUUUCGAUUUCAUUGAUUAUUUGCAACGACGAAUCAAUCAACUGCCAUCGCAUGCUGGUUUACAUUUAAAUUCUGAUGAUCAACAACAACCGCCUCAAAUCCAAGACUAUAUAAGUAGUUUGAAUCUUCUGAAUCAAAAUGGCGAAUCAAUGUUGACAAAUAUGUUAUCAAAUUUGUUUCAAAGCCUGAAUUUUCAAGAUCUGUUUCAAAUGAUAAACUCAGAUUUCAGAGAUUUUGGACGUCUUAGGCAACCUUUACAACGUGCUAUUCGAGAUAACCUGUUGAACGGUCAGGAUAGAACCGAUGUUCGGGCUGAUAUUGAAGCAAUGAUUACCAAUAAUCAUACAUUAUUAACUGAAAUAGUCGCAAAUAUGAGACCUGCAACCGGCGUUAAUCACAUCGAAUCAUUUAGAAAUUUUGUUCGAGAGACUUUAAUCAAAUUUUUCAACAAAAUUAUGCGAUCAAAUAAUGAUGAAACGUUUGCAAAUGAACUAACUGAUGCUGUUAAAUAUCUUGCGAAUGCUUAUGUUCAUUUUUGUGAAGCUUGUUUUGCUGACCCUACAAACGCCAGAUCAACGAUGAUAACGCGUUUCAUGUCUGAAUAUGCCGAUAUGGUUGAUCAAGAGUUGAUAGAUUUUCUUACUCAGAUUAUCACUCAACGUAUCAAUCAAUGGAUAGCCACUGAUUUUGUUAAAGAUGAUCAAUUGGAUGCAGAAAUUCAGUCGUACAUUGUCAAACAAACAUAUGAACAACAAGAACAACAGCCAAAUAACGGUAUCCCUACGAAUUCUUUGGAUUCUAUGGAAGAUAUGGAAUUUUCUGAUGCCUACAGUGAUAUGCCACCUUCGACCAGCACUCAUUUAAUGCAAGCAACAUCAUCUGAAUCUCAACAUUUGCAUCCACCUGCCACAAAUCAAAUCUCGAUCAAUAAUCAAGAACCUAUUGAUUGGCAAGCAGUAGUUCCGAAUGAAUGGGUACCAAUCAUUAAAGAGGAUAUACAAAAGCAGAAAAGUAUUGACAAUGAUCAUCAACCACCAUUUAGUGAUGCAUACCUGAAUGGAAUGUCAAAAAAACGUCGCCUGGAACAUGACCAACAGCAACAGCAAUCGAAUAAGCAAAUGAAAUAAAUGAUGAAUUUCAUAUCUACACACCUCUUUAUUUAUUCGUUUAUUGAUUCUUUAUAGAACCAGAUCGAUUUUCUUCUGUUCAUAAAAAUAGAAACAAUUACACACACAUAAUCAGAUGAAUGAAAGCUAAACGCCCUAAAUAAUUUACCCACACACACUCAUACAAACACUCAUCUCGACCAGCACAAGGAUGAUCAUUUUGUAGACGUGAUUUUGAAUUAAAUUAUCAUUAAAAUU